AUGGCUGCGUCGAAGCUGUGGACGUUCCUCGCAGAGCUUCGCGCGGCGGGAAGCCAACGCAGCCUGAGUUUGCUGCGACAGGCGGGCGACUGGGCAGCCUCGGGCGCGCAGGUCGCACAAUGGCUUGAGGAGGACUGGCCAGAGGCGAUCGCAUGGAUCGUGGUGGCUGCAGGCCCGUUCUACUUGUUGCGCUUGGUUGUAAGGAGGCCGCGGCUUUGCGCAGCCAUGGUCUCCUUGUGGUCCAGCUGGUUGGCGCUGCAGGUUCUAACCAAAGGCCGCGUUGUGGUGGAACAGACGCAUCAGCGGGGCCUCACUGCCAUGCAGGCCACACGUGAGGUGGUGCAGAAAUCCGUGGUGGCGGUGGAGGCGUGGAUUGUGGUCUUCCUGCCCUUUGUCUCUGACAUGUGGAGGAAGAGCCGAGCGAUUUGGCACGUGCUGAGUUUUCGGACCAAAGUGGUCCUAGUUGCUGGACCUGUGGGCCUCUAUUUGUUGGGCCUAGCAGUGAAGAGGCUGCUGGAUGCCUUUCAUCGUCGCCGCAGCGCCAUGAAGCGCAUCAUGCUGGCAGUGUUGUUCCAUGGGUCCUUCUUGCUGGCAUGCCCUGUUCUCUGGUACUUCUCAGGUUUCCUGUCCCCCAACUGGCAACACCUCUGCUUGAGGAAUUUCUUGACCACUGUGCCCACGUUGGGCAGUUUGUAUGCCCUGGGAUGGCGUCCAGCGCCCAAGUUCGCCGAACUGCUGGCCUUGGAGGCGCCGGCGCAGCACUUGGCCCUGCCUUCACGCAACGGCGCUCAGGCAAGCCCCGGACGCCGGCGUGCUUCUGCCAGCGGCCGGUCCGGCCGGCCGGCGGCUUCCGAAGAACCCAUGGAGUUUCAGGCCUCCGCCAGCACGCAGAGGUUUUGGUUAUCCUAUUGGGCGGCUUGGCCUUUGUUGGUGUCCGCGGAGCAAGGCUUGCCCUACCUUUUGGAGCUGCUAGACGUUCCAGAGGUAGAUGUGGCCCAGGCCCAUCUUCGCCGUGGUUUGCUGAUCUUCGUGAUUUGGCUACAGCUUUGGCAGGGCAGCCGUUUGCAACUGGCCCUUCUGCGUCAUGUUUUGGGCCGAAUGCCUGACACAUGGCCCAGCAUGGGAAAUCUGCCAGUGAUGCACUACCUGCAGGUUCUACGAAGUGGCGUGACCACUCCAUCCUUCAACCUCCUUUCGAUGCUUCAAGCCAUGUUCCAACAGCGCUGGCGCUUGCUGGCCGCGGGCGUGGCCGGAGCGAUUCUACUGGCAUUGAUGGUUAUUGCCUUCUACACCGCAGUGUCCUUUGCCAAUCGUGUCUUAGUGAUGCUGCUCUGGGUCUUCGCUGCCUGCGACUCUGCCGAUACCUUGGCGCAUGGCCACGAGAGCAUGCUGGCCAGGAAGUUGGCGUUUUGGUCCGUGGCCAUGCUUUGGACCUGGCUCUCUCAGCUGCCGGUGGUGGGAACCGUUCUAAGGUUGUUCACGCCUAUCGUUUUCGCCCUGCUGAUGGCUGCGGGGGAAACCAUUCUCAAGCGGGUGGUACAGCCCGGCUUGGACUUGGCCAUGAAACCUCUGCUGCGCGUGUUGUGUGGCCCUCGGCUGUACCUGGCUCGGCGCAUGAAACGAGCUGCACGGGUGGUGUGUUCCCCAUUGCGCUUGGCGAGGCAAGCAGAUGUGGCCGAGGAAUCAGCUGCCGAGACGUCAGCGGUGCCUCCCGCUGCCUCCCUGGCACUGCCCGAAGCCGCCUCUGCCUCUACCGCCGCCUCCAGUAGCGCCGCGGCAGAGGCGCCUCCCGCUGCCUCCCUGGCACUGCCCGAAGCCGCCUCUGCCUCUACCGCCGCCUCCAGUAGCGCCGCGGCAGAGGCGCCCGGGGAGACCCUGGUGGCCGCGCGGUCUCCCGCUGAGAGCCGCCGCAGCAGCACCGCCAGCGUGAACGGCGCCAGUGCUUCUGGCAUGGCGGCGUCGCCGGAGACGAAGACGCCCAACUUGAGACAUCGGAAGAAGGGGAAGAAUAAGCGAUGAAACGAUGAAACUUGGAGAUAGUAGGGGAUAGUGUUGAGGAUAGUUGAACAAUUCAGAGACUGGUUGAUGGUGAAGCUGGAACAUGUUCCAGCUUACCCAGUGGGAUUCACAUUUAAAUUUGAGUGUUGUGAAGACAUAUUGAGAGCACCAAAGAGAAAGGACCCGAGAUAGAAGCCAGAACCUGAGACGCGGGCCAAAGAGAGCCAGGUGUUUGGAGACCUGUGACACUUAUGGCCUUGACAAAA